CACACACAGACACACACACACAUGCCCAACGUCUAAAUGACUAAUUUAAGCUUAGAGGAAGAGACUAUGACGGGGAGCCCUGGGUCACACGUCACUCACUAACCCACCGAGCUUCGUGAUCUUCAGUGCGUGGUUACAGUGAGCUUCAAAAGCGUGGGAGUACGAGCAGGGGUGAGGCCGGGGCUCAUCAUGGAGGGGAACAUCAGAAGGAAGGGCAUGUUGUACAUCCAACAGCAACGUUUUGGAAAGAGAUGGAAGAAGAUGUGGUGUGUGCUGUACGGCGAGAGCAGGUGCUCCGCGUCCCGUCUGGAGCUGUACGAAUACAAGCAGGCUUCCUCUUCCGGGCAGCUCACAGGGGCCUGCAGCGGGGCUGACCCCCACCUGCUCCGCAGACAGGACAGCAAGCGGGUCCUCCUGCUGAGGGACUGCAUCAGCGUGGAGGAGAUGGAGCUGAUGGACUGCCCGAGAGACUGUGUCUCCUUUAUCGUGGAGACCGCAGAGAAGCGCUUCCUGUUUGCAGCUCUAUUUACAGAGUUCAGGCACUGGGUCGCUGGGUUGUGUGAGCUGGCCUUCCCUAUGAACACGGCUAAAAGUGGUGGAUUGGAUCAAACUGUCAGGCAGCAGUCUUCCAGGAAUUCACUACAUGCACAGAUGGUGGAGAACACGCUCUAUGAAAGAACAGAUACUGCAGGUGACUUCCCAGUGUCGGUGGUGAGGACAGGGGCCUCUAACAGGUGGCAGCUACAUGGGGCUUACAUCCUGACACCCGAACCCGACCGACUUCUCCUCAAGGACCCCAUAUGCAAAGAGAUCCUCUUCAUCUGGCCUUACUGCUUUAUCAGGAAAUUCGGCCAAGACAAGUCCACAUUUUCCUUUGAGGCUGGACGCAGAUGUGAGUCUGGAGAGGGGGUCUUUGAGUUUGCCACCAGCCGUGCUGAUAGCCUCUUCAGCAUUAUCAACACAGCCAUCUCCACUUCUCAAGAGAUGCCAAGGCCCUGUUUACAACCUUCCAGAAGCCUGAAAGUGCAGCGCGCUCCUGAACCAGAUGUGACCCAGGUCAAUGUGCGCGGCUAUCAGGUCCCCGAGAGCAUGCUGCCCCCAACACAGGGGACGCCUCCGAAGGCUGAUCGUCAGUUGAAAAGACUGACUCCCUCUUUCAGGAGCCUAUCACUCAAUGCAAUUAAAAUCCCAAACAAAGACCUGGUGAGGACCGUAUCCAGCUGCCCUCCACUCAAACAUGAGGACCGGGAGGUGAUCUAUGCCAAGGUCUCCCGGCAGAAGCUUAUAGAUCAGGUGCCACAGGAGGAAUGCACCUGUGGUGGUGGAAGUCAUGCUCUAGAAGAUCCCACGUCCAUGCAGGUUCCCCCCAUGUCCAUGCAGGUUCCGUCCGAGACAUGCGUGAACUUUCCACAGCACAGUGCCUUUGAAGCACUGCAGCAGCCCGAGGGAAGACGAAGCAACAAGGAGCAUGAGUCAGAGACGGAGCAGUUCUCAGAGAUGCCAUGUGAUCACAGCGAUCAAUUAGAUGCUGAAGAGCGAGCUGACGCAGACCACAUCUACGAUGACCCAGAGGGCUGCCUGGCUGACCCACAGUGGGCUGGGGCUUGUGUAGUUUAUGACGAUCCGGAGGAUGUCAAAACUGACCUUAAACCCGACCAAGGUCACGCAGACCUGGGGAGGGUUCUUGAUGUUCACGACGACUUCCUAUAUGACAAUGUGAUGACUAGAGGACAGUAAAAAAAAACGAUUCAGAUUUUGUGUAUAUGUGAGUAAGUGUGUAUAUGUAAAUGUAAAAUGAGUAUGAUCGUGCAUUUCCUUAGUUCCUAUGUCUACUUAGGGUAUUUAUGAUAGAAAUAUAGAGUGUAGUUUGAGUCCCCAGCUCACUGAAUUCAUAUUCACAGGCUUAUUGUGACUUGAUUGUGAGGAUAAAUUGAAAUAAAGCUGCCGUGAUGUAUCAAGGGAGUACUUGCUACAGUUAGUAUCCAGCGCAUGCAAACAAUGUGCGUAAUCAACGUAGCUGUGACCGGAGGGGACCACUCUCAUCCGGCGCAUUAACUUCAUAAUCACAGCGAAGGCACCUGCGGCUGCGGGCUGAUUGGGAGCCCGACCUGACUGAGAAUGAAGAUGCUGCGGCGGGCGAGCGAGUCAUUCAUCCUUGCUGCCCGUCAACCCCCCUCCAGGGUGACAGGAGCCAGCUGUGCAGGUCUUCAAACAUGGCUUCCAUCGGGGUGGGGGGCAGGGGGGGACCUCUGGGCCCAGACUGACUGACAGAUGUGUCAAAUGCCACGGUAUACUCUGUGAACUGGCCCCGAAAGCGGGCGAGUGGAAUCAAUUAACAGCGAUAAACAGAGACUGUGCAAACAUCUCACCCAGAGCGGAAUGUAAAUGACCUUUUCGGGGAUAAUGAUGUUAGUAAGACAUGUCUUGUGUGGUUUCAUUAAAUAGGGGGAGAGGGUUAUUUGCAACGAUGUUCUGAUGAGUGAUUUACACCUAACAACAGUCCAAAUCCUUAUAACCUGACAAUAUCAACCUGGCCACCACAGGGGUUUUCUUUUUUUCCACUGAUAUCCAGGUGGCCCAACACAUGAUUAUAACUUUCUUUACAUCAAAUUAGUUGGGUCUCCCUCUGACUUUUUAAUGUGAAUUCUGACCAUUAGAAUAGGACAUUUUGAGUGGAAAUUCUUAAAUUCUUGAAGCAGAAUAAGAACUGUGUUCUCUAGAGGGGGGUGGAUUAACUUAACAUAUAGA